UCCUCCUGCCUGUAAACACACAACUCACAACUCCCAACUCCUCCCUCCCUCUGCCUCUUCCCUUCCUUUUUCAAAUUAUAUACAUUACUCUCUCUCUCUCUCUCUCACCUACUUUCUUCCUCUUUUCUACUCAUCUCCCUAAUUCCUCAAUUCCAUCUAAGCUUAAACCCUAGCCCCCCCCCCCCCCCCCCCCCCCCACAUUCCCUCUCCCAUAAAAUAUGGAGUGGAACCCUGAAACCCUACAAUUCCUCUCCCAGUGCUUCCUCAACACCCUAUCCCCAAUCCAUGAUCCCCGCCGCCGUGCCGAGCAGGCUCUCUCCGACGCCGCCACUCGUCCUAACUACGGCCUCGCCGUUCUCCGCCUCGUCGCCGAGCCAUCCGUCGAUGACCAGAUCCGCCAAUCAGCCGCUGUUAACUUCAAGAACCACCUCAAAGCCCAUUGGGCCGUCCACCCCAACGACCCUGCCCAUAUUGCUGUGCCCGAUCCCGAAAAGGAACAGAUUAAAGCUCUAAUUGUUACUCUCAUGGUUAAUGCCUCACCAAAAAUUCAAGCUCAGCUUAGUGAAGCUUUAACUAUUAUUGGGAAGCAUGAUUUUCCUAAAGCCUGGCCUACUCUGUUGCCAGAAUUAGUUCUAACUUUGGAUAAAUUGAGUCAGGCCAACGACUAUGCGUCCGUGAAUGGGGUUUUAGCAACCAUUAAUUCCUUGUUUAAGAAAUUUAGGUACCAGUUUAAGACAAAUGAGUUGUUGCUUGAUUUGAAGUACUGUCUUGAUAACUUUGCCAAGCCAUUGUUGCAAGUGUUUAAGCGGACUGCAGGGUUUAUAGACCAAGCUGUGGGUUCUGCUUCUGUGAAUGCAAGUGUUCUUAAGGGGUAUGUAGAGUCACAGAGGUUGUGUUGUAGGAUUUUCUAUUCACUGAAUUUUAUGGAGUUGCCAGAGUUUUUUGAGGAUCAUAUGGACGAAUGGAUGAUUGAGUUCAAGAAAUAUUUGACUGUAAAAUACUCUGCUCUAGAAGAUAGUGGAAGCGAUGGCCUUGCUUCGGUUGAUGAGUUGCGAGCUGCUGUUUGUGAGAAUAUUAGCCUGUACAUGGAGAAAGAGGAGGAGACAUUUCAGAAAUAUUUGAGUGGAUUUGUGGAGGCAGUGUGGGGACUUCUAGUGGUCGCCUCGAAUUCUUCUAGUCGGGAGAGGCUGACUGUGACUGCUAUUAAGUUCUUGACCACGGUGAGUACAAGUGUUCAUCACACUCUAUUUGCGAGGGAUGAUAUACUGCAACAGAUUUGCCAGAGUGUCGUGAUUCCCAAUGUGAUGUUAAGGGAUGAGGAUGAGGAGCUAUUUGAGAUGAAUUACGUGGAGUUCAUAAGGAGAGACAUGGAGGGCAGUGACCUUGACACUAGGAGGAGGAUUGCUUGUGAACUCCUUAAGGGAAUUGCUUCAAAUUAUAAGGAAAAGGUCACUGAGAAGGUUUCUUCUCAGGUACAGAGUCUUUUGGCAUCAUUUGCAGAGAAUCCCGCUGCGAAUUGGAAGCACAAAGACUGUGCUAUCUAUUUGGUUGUCUCCCUUGCCACAAAGAAAGCUGGUGGCAGUUCUGGCUCCACUGAUCUUGUUGAUGUUGAGAGCUUUUUCGGGUCUGUUAUCGUGCCGGAACUCCGAAGUCAGGACGUAGAUGGGUUUCCAAUGCUGAAAGCUGGUGCUUUAAAGUACUUCACUAUGUUUAGGAAUCAGAUUUCUAAACCUGUUGCAUUAGCCUUGCUCCCUGAUGUGGUUCGCUUCCUUGGCUCCGAGUCAAAUGUUGUCCAUUCAUAUGCUGCCAGCUGCAUUGAGAAGCUUUUCUUGGUCAAGGAUGAAGGGGGAAGGGCGAGAUACUCAGCUACAGAUGUCAGUCCAUUUCUGCUUGUACUAAUGACCAAUCUUUUCAGCGCCUUGCAGAAGCCAGAAUCUGAGGAGAAUCAGUAUGUGAUGAAGUGCAUCAUGCGGGUCCUUGGAGUUGCUAAUGUCUCACAUGAGGUUGCUUUACCUUGCAUCAACGGUCUGGCGACUGUUCUAAACAGGGUCUGUGAAAACCCUAAAAAUCCCGUUUUCAACCACUAUCUGUUUGAAUCUGUGGCUCUUCUAAUAAGACGGGCUUGCGACCAGGAUCCAUCAAUCAUUUCACCUUUUGAAACAAGCCUGCUUCCCAGCUUGCAGUUGAUCUUAUCCAGAGAUGUUAGCGAAUUCUUCCCUUAUGCAUUCCAGCUACUGGCUCAGCUCGUUGACUUGAAUCAAUCUCCUUUACCAGGGAAUUACAUGGAGAUUUUUGCGAUACUCCUUAUGCCUGAAUCAUGGAAAAAGUCUGCAAAUGUUCCAGCCCUUGUCCGUUUACUCCAAGCCUUCCUCAGAAAGGCACCGCAUGAACUGAAUCAGCAGGGGCGAUUAUCUAGUGUCCUUGGAAUAUUCAACACGCUAGUUUCAUCUCCUAGUACUGAUGAACAAGGAUUUUAUGUGCUCAACACUGUGAUUGAAAACCUGGGUUAUGAUGUAAUCCAUCCCUACAUUAGCCACAUUUGGGUUGCUUUAUUUAAGCGGCUUCAGUACAACAGAACUGUGAAGUUCAUCAAAUCUCUUGUCAUAUUUAUGUCACUUUUUCUGGUGAAGCAUGGUCCGGAAAAGCUUGUUGGUUCAAUGAAUGCCGUUCAGCCUGAUGUUUUCCAUACAAUCUUGGAGCAGUUUUGGAUACCUAAUCUCAAGCUAAUAACAGGUUCAACGGAGCUCAAGUUAACUUCUGUGGCUUCGACUAGGCUUAUAUGUGAGUCUGUGUCCCCUUUAGAUCAAAAGCUGUGGGGUAAAAUGCUUGACAGCAUUGUUACACUUAUUUCACGGCCAGAGGAGGACAGAGUGGAAGAGGAGCCUGAGGUUCCCGAUUUUGGUGAAACUGUUGGUUAUAAUGCCACAUAUGUCCGCCUCUACAAUGCUGGGCGGAAAGAAGACGACCCUCUACCAGAAAUCAAUGAUCCAAAACAAUUUUUGGUAGCAUCUCUGGCAAAUCUAUCUGCUCGUUCGCCUGGAACAUACCCUCGGAUCAUUACCGAAAAUCUUGAACCAGCAAAUCAAGCUGCUUUAUUUCAACUUUGCAGCUCAUAUAAUCUCACAAUAGUUUGAGGCAGACGCUGUCAUGUGGAAUGAUAACCAAAUCACGGGAAACAGAGUGGUUUCUGGUCAUAGUUUGUGGGGUCUGGUUAUUUUCGAUGUUUGUCUUUGAGCAUGCUUGCAUUCAGUCAACUGGUCAGAUAAGUCAAUACCCAUCCAUAAAUUUUCAGGUCGUAUGUCGUAAUAUUAAUAUCCCCUGGAUGGAACUAUCAACCAGCCACAUCAUAGAAUUUGGUUUGGGGAGAAUGCAUGACAAUUUUGCUUCAACAUGCAUUUAUAUAGCUGCACAAAAACUUGUUUCUGCUGUUCUCUGGAGCGAUUGAGGCUUACACAGGAUAUUGUUUGUUGAGAGCUCAAGUUAUAAACAACUACUUUUGCUGUAUGUCUUGAUUUAGUUGGCGUGAAGGUUAAGUCAUGGUAUUUCUGCCUUUCGCCAAUGGUUUCUUGGGAUGAAAUUAAAAAUUUUCUGUUGUACCAUCAGUUUUGUUGAUCGAAUCAUGGCUUUCCCUCU